AUGGGUAAAGAUCUAAAUUCACAUCAUAACAAUGCACAACGAGCUUAUGUAGAUUUAAUGAAUAAAGCUCAACAUAUUGAAGUAUCACUUGAUAGACAAACAACACAGCAAAUUGCAGCUAAUCGUCUACGUCUAAAAACUAGUAUAGAUGUUGUUCUAUGGUUGUCAUUUCAAGGGUGUGCGUUUAGAGGUCAUGAUGAAAGCUCGGGAUCAAAAAAUCGUGAGAACUUUCUUGAAUUGUUAUCACUGUUAGCAUCGUAUGAUGAGAAAGUUGAAGAUAUUUUGGAAAGUGCUCUACAAAAUGCUAGUUAUACUUCUUCAACAAUACAAAAAGAGAUGUUGCAAAUUUAUGCUAGUAGAGUUCGUAAUGUGAUUCGUGAAGAAAUUGGUGACAGAAAGUUUAGAAUUAUUUUAGCAUUAGUUGCAGCAGCUAGAGAAGUGGUUGAAGUAAAUCAAUUCUUUAAAGACUUGCCUGAUAUUGUUAAUAUUGCUUCGGCUUCUUCCAAACGACAUGAUGAAUUACAAAAAAGCCCAAACAGCUGA